AUCACAGCCCGGCCCAGCCCAGCGACAGUGAUGUUAGUUCGUGCUGUGCUGUCCUCCAGGGCGUCGGCGUCGGCGGCGGUGGCGCCGUUCCGGCGAGCCCUCUCCCCUCCGAAUCCUACUUCUCCUAGCUAGCGCUGCCUACCCUGCCUCCCUCCCACCCUCACUGGCGCCUCACCAUGACCCAUGUCGACCUUCCCUCCACCCCCCACCGCCGCUAGGAGCCCCCUCGCCAGGGUGCGCCUCGACGACCUGGCCCCGUUCGACGGCGCCUCAACCCCGGCCUACGCGCGCGCCGUCGAAGCCAUCGCCGCUUCCCUCACGCGCCACGGCGCCGCCGCCGUCGACCUCCCUGCGGCGGAUGCCGCUGUCGUCCGGUGCGCCCUCGAGUCCGCGCGCGCCUUCUUCCGCGCCCGCCCCGGCCUCUAUGUCUACCGCGCCGGGAGGGCUCUGGAUGAUGGGGAGUUGUCACCUGCUUGCAUGGCUGAUGCUUUCAGAUGUUUGGGUAAGGCAGCCCGUGCUGCUCUCUGUGCAAUAGCACGGAACCUUCGCUUACGUUCAGAUGCUUUCAGCCAUUUGCUUGAUGACAACCCAUUGCCUCUUGAUGAGGUUUCAGCUUCAGAAUUGACGGUGUCAUUUUCUCAUGGACACCCCCAAAGCAGCCAGGCACCUAUGGUGGGCCUCAGAUCAUCAAUGGCUGAAGUUGAUAGAGGUUUUGUUACACUGGUUGCUUCUGACCAUCCAGGAAUUGAGGUUUGCAACCCAAAUGGUCAUUGGUACCCAGCAGAUGCGGGCUCAAGCCCUGAUGUCCUAUUGCUUUUGACUGGAAGAGCCUUGAGUCAUGUUACUGCUGGUCUACAGCUAAACUCUCAGUACAGGAUCACUAAUAAUGAAAACAGGGCAUCACUCAUGUUUAGGCUGAUGCCUCGUGUCAAUGCUAUAUUGGACUGCUCUCCAAUUUCAGCUGCUGGGCAUUGCAUACCACAGAUCCACCGGCCCAUAUCUGCAAGCCAGUUUAUGGAUGAUUUGCGUGCUGAAGAGAAUGUUUACCAUCACUCGGAAGCACCACUUGAAUCACAGGGAAACUUUGUUAAUGAACCGUCGCUCAGAAGUGUGCUCUCAGACCCUUUGUCUGGGGCUUUUCUUGAAGAUGCUAUGGUUCUCUCAUGUGGGCACUCGUUUGGUGGCCUCAUGCUAAAGAAAGUUCUUGAAACGGCAAGGUGCAGCAUUUGCAACGGAGAAGUUGAUGAGGCCUCCUUAUUUCCUAACCUUGCUCUAAGAGCAGUGGCUACAGUGGUGAAGAUGGAAGACGAUAGGAGGCUCUUUCAUAAUGCAGCCCUUCGAAAGCGCAGGAAAGAAGUGACUGAGCAUAUGGAUGCUCAAAGGCGAAGCGGAAGUAGCAAGGACAGUAUUGAGCUGGGGUUAGAUGCUGAAAGCCCUAGAGCGUUCAAGGGGGUGCAGUACCCGUUCGUGGCGGGUGAGAGAGUCGUGAUCAUGGGAAACAAAAGGACGCCUGAUAAAUUCGUUGGGAAGGAGGCGGUGGUGACAUCACAGUGCCUGAAUGGCUGGUACCUUGUGAAGGCAGUUGAUAGCGGAGAAAGCAUACGGCUGCAGUACAGGUCGCUGAGGAAAGCGGGGGAGCUAAAGGUGCAAGCACUCCUGCAGAGUAGACAAUGAAGGAGAGCCGGCCCGUUGAUUUUGCAGCAGCGUUGCUUGUGCAUACACGGGAUUUUCUCCCUUCUUCACUCUUAUUGUCUUGUGUAGCACAUUAGGGUUCUCUUGUUUGUGUCCUCCUGUGCGUUGGAAAGGAAAAUGAUCUUGUACAAAUUUGCAACCAAGUCAGUUACAAACUCUGACCAUGUCCAUCCACGAUUGUGGUUGUAGGAAGCUGAUUGUGUCGUGUCUGUUUUAUGGACUAGCCGUGUCUUUGUGCUUGUUCCCCAAGUCUUGCUUGGAAGGGGAUAGCAUACGUUAAUGGUUGCAGUUGCAGCUGCUUAUAAAUUGACUAUCCUGAUUAAUUAAUUUAAUUUAAUUGCAAUGCC